AGAUGGGGGGCCUGCACCUUGCUGUUUUGUGAUACAAAUAUACCGUAUGUUCAAUAUGAACGAAUAGUGGAAUGAAUGUGACUAUGAGAUUAGGGAUUAAUGAGAGCAGAUAAAAUUACAUUAUUUGAUUAUCUUGUAGCAGUAAACAACUCAGACAUGUCACUUUUAGUUGAAGUGAUCAGCCUGUUUAUUUUGCACUGUUCCAAAAAUCAUUAAGGGCUGUAGCCAAGGCCAGACUUUCAUAAUAUUUAAUCAUCCUCACUGACAGGUUUGCAUAAAAAAAACAUGAACACGGCAAAUGGUUUUCAAUGACAGACUUAGUUUUAUUUAUAAUCAUGAUGUAAUCAUGUUUGCUUCUGAAGAUCCUGAUGAGAUAACUGCAUCUUGAAACUGAAGGUUUUAUGACUAAACAUAGAACAUAUUGCAUGCUGAUCUAAAACAUAAAUAGUGAAUGUGGAAAUAUAUGUAUUGUAUUUACAUGUAUAAUCUUUAUAGCACUAUGGAUUUGUCUGUUUAAUCAUUUAUUGUACCUGUGCACGAUAUGCGUUAUUACAGUUUUCCAAAAAGAUUUGUAUAAUCACAGUAGGAGUAAUUUGAUAAGAAGAGAAGAGACAGAUUGCUUACAUGGCUCAACUGUCUUAAACUGAAUUAACUCUGAAGUUGUUGAUAUAUUUAUUAAUUAAAGUUUCAUUUAUGUGGCCAGGAAGGGGGGGGGGGGAAUGUAAUUUGUACAUUUUUCAGAGAUUCCUGUAUGAUAUGCAAGAGCUAUUUUUGAUUACUGAUAUUUCCAUUACGGUUAUUACAUGGUAUGAUGUGUAAGGUUAGAGCUCUUUUUUAAAGACACAAGACAUCGGGUAUAAGAGAUUUAUGGUAUGUUAUGUAAGAGAUACUGUAAUGUUGAUGUACCAUAAACUACAUGCUAUGAUAUAGCAAUGUCAAAGUGAUGCUAAACAUGAUUGACGGAAGAUUUUGUGAGGUUAGUUCAAUUUUCAAAACAAGAUGGAUGGAGAAUUUCCUGUUUGAUUCUAUUUCAUGUUGUGCUGUUGAUACUAUCAUGACUAGCCUAAUGUAAAAUAACGAAGUAUCAUUUGACAGCAUGAUGCAUCAAAAGAUUUCUAGAACUCUGCAACUGAAAUCUUUAGCGGCUUACUCACAUGAUGCAAAUGUGUUUCAUAGCAAUGUAUUUUCCUAAUAUUCACCACUUUUUGUUUUAAACUAUGUAGAAUAAUGUGUUUGCUGAAAUUCCCACAAGAUAUUAUGAAACCUAGUGCCAUUAUCAUUUCUGCUAUCUGAUGCAUGGAGUGGACCCAUGGGAUUGUACUUAGUGAUGUUUGGAUGUGUUUCUUCUGACUUGUAAAACAAAACAGAUGUCUGUGGUCGCCUUCCUAUGAAAUAAGUGAUAAAGAUUCUUUGAGCAUGUCCUAGCUGUCUACCAGGCAUGUCUGUCUCUCUCAGAUCACCAAAACCAUCUCCCUGUCGUUGACUAAUUUUUGCCAGCAUUAUCAGGAAUAUAACAAGCCAUUUAUUUGCCAUGAAGGAAAAAAAAAACCCUCGCUAUUGACAGUAGUACUUAUCUUUACUCCCCAUGGAAGAACCCAGAGAUAAAUUCUUGCAGUGCAUUGAAAUUAAUUAUGAUAUGCCAAAUCUGGUGUAAUAGAGGAUCCCAGAGUAUUCAGCAGAUAGUGAUUGCAGUCUUACCACAGAUCUUUGUGAGGGAUUCUUGUUGUAUUGACUCUGCCAUGAAUUUUACUUCACAUUUAAACUUUAAUGGUUCUAAGAUUUAUUUUUAGUGCUUCUUCGGGGAUGGGCUGGAAUGCACAUGAAACAAAGAUCUUUUUCUUCUGAAUUUUUCACGCAUGAUUGAGCUGGCUUGAUUAAAGUACUGUGACAUAUGAAGAAAAAAUAAAUCAGUAGAUAUUAGAGCCCACAUUAGAAACAUGCAGGAACUAAAGACUGGUGGAGGGUUAUCAGUCGUGUAAAUCUUAUCUUCUGAAGCUGAAAGGAGGGCUGCAUUUAUAGGAAUGGAUACAUUCUGGUAAAUGACCAGAGCCCUCCUUCAAGAUGGAUGGUGUGAUGUGCAUGACAGUGUUAAUGCUGAUCAUUGUGUAUAACAAUGGUCCUUAUACAUCUGCAACCUCUAUUACAAAGGAAUUACCAAACCCCCACCCCAAAUAUGGAUUCACGGCCAUGUCAAAAUAUGAUCACGAUACGAUCAUUCUUGGUGGAACAAACUACUUGUAUAGAAUAUAUAUGAAUGAUUUAGAAAAAGAGGUUGAAACCAGUAUUGGACCAAGACUAGACAAUCCGUUGUGCUACAAUCUAGAUAAUGACCAGUGUAUCAAGAAUCCGUACGACAGUUAUAUAAAAGCCCUGCUCAUUAACAAUAAUAAGAGGCAGCAACGGGAUGAAAUCAUCAUCUGUACAAGUCUGUUUCAGGGCAGCUGUGGCAAGCGAAAUAUCACCACAUUGGAACUGUUGCCCGGUUAUAGUGACUCAUCUGGACAUAGAGAACCAGUGGUGGCCAACAACAAAUUGGCCUCCACCGUGGCUUUUCUGGCCCCGGGACCAAGCCUAAAUGGAACUACCCCAUCCACAGCCAUGUACGUGGGGGCCUCGUGGACCAACACUGGACUGAGGGCCAUCAGAGGCCUUGUGCCCCCAUUUAGCAGCAGAAAGACGGAGAACUUUUCUUUCACAUAUGAGGAUGUAUCUACCAAGUCAAACACAAUGGUGGAUGACAUAACUAGGGAUUCCUUUCCAAUUCGAUACAUCUACGGAUUCGCUUCUGGGAAUUUUAGCUACAUUGGGACCAUCCAGAAGCCUAGCGUUGUAGCUGAAAACUUUGUUUCUAAGUUGAUACGAGUGUGUCUCUUUGAUAAGCAUUUUUAUUCCUAUGCAGAAGCGGAACUAAAGUGUGAAUUCAAUGGGAAGACGUUGAACUUAUUACAAGCCGCUACAGUAAGCAAACCAGGUAAGCACCUAGCUGCUACCCUUGGCAUAUCUAAAGACGAGGAUGUCCUGUUUGGAAUGUUUGGAUUUGGAAACCCAAAUGACCCCAUGAACAACAAUAAUGAAUCCGCUAUGUGUAUCUAUCCGAUUAGGAAAGUCAAACAAGUGUUUACUCUAAACAUCAAGACCUGUUUUAAGGGCACAGGAAGAACUGGUCCUGAACAUAUCUCCUCUCCCAGGAAUUGCCAGUCAACACCUUUUGACAUUGAUGAUGAUUACUGUGGGAAAUACGACUUCAACACUCCCAUCAACGGCCCAGAGUCGGUGAAAGCAUCGCGGGCCAUCGGGAUUAACACCAGCGCCUCCUCCCUGAUCGUGACCACCACCCACGCCGGCUACACCGUGGCGUUCAUAGGAACAAGGACCGGACAUAUAAAGAAGGUUUCAAUUGAGUCUAGUGCCAUUGCGAAUGAAUAUGAUGAUGUUGCGGUAGAUCCGGGAUUUCCCAUCCUAAAAGACAUGUUCUUUGAUGAGGAUGAACGACAUCUCUAUGUCUUGACUCCAAAUAAGUUGGUGAAGAUGGUGGUCCAGAACUGCAGUCAGUACACGACGUGUGAGGAUUGUAAAGGGGCCAACGACACGUACUGUGGAUGGUGCUCGCUGGCUAACAAGUGUACCCUGGCCCAGGAGUGUUUGGAGUACAACUCGCCCCUGAAGUGGAUGGGGUACAAUGGGGAAACCUGUACCAAAAUCACCCAUGUAUACCCGGACAAAAUACAGAAGGACAACAAACUGGCAAAAACUACCACAUUGACGUUAAAUAUAUCCAACCUCCCAACCUACAUGGGAACUUACAAAUGUGCUUUCCAUGGCUAUGGGAAGACAAUUGAAACUGCAGCCAACAGAACCAGUCCCAACGUGGUGAAAUGUGACACUCCGGUGCCUAAUGAACUGCCUCCGUUUCCUACAGGAACAGACCACAUCACAAUGAGAUUAUCGGUGGUGAUCAUGGAACUUGACUUUGUGUCGGCCAACUUCACGUUCUUUGACUGUGAGGUUCACACCAAGCACUCCUGCUACAGGUGCACCUCCAGCGUGUUUAACUGCACCUGGUGCAUCAAGAACCACCUGUGUACCCACUACCCGGUGAUGGACUGUAGCACCAAGGACGACUUCAUAGCCGGACAGAACAGCGCUGGGAUGACAGUUCCCCACGACAGCGGACCUAACUCAUGUCCCAGUAUCGAUCCCAGCAAGCGGCAGAACCUACUGGUGCCAUCAGGGACCGAGAAAAUCAUCUCCCUCAGCCUCAAGAAACUGAAGCCAUACCAAAAGCCAAUACGUUGUGCAUUUGCAUUUAACUCGCAGACAGAGCCCCAGGGAGAGAUAGCCAACAUGGUGGAUAUGGGAGUGGUGGUGAUCAUCAAAUGUAAACAGACCAGGUUCUUUUAUCCUGGAGACUCGGAGAGCUACAAUGUGCCGUUGAAGAUACUUUGGGGUGAUCAAUAUCCCAAACCACUGGACAAUCCCCAUAAUGUACAAGUUAUAAUGUACAAGUGUGAGAACAUGGCCAGUAGUUGUGGUGAAUGCCUGACCCAGAAUGAGGCCUACUCCUGUGGGUGGUGUAAGAAAUCCAACCAGUGCAGCCUACAGUCAUCCUGUACCUCCCCCAACAGCUGGCUACCAAACACCGAAAACUGUCCCAACCCCAGAAUCACCAGGAUUUAUCCCUUGUUUGGACCAAAGAAGGGCGGGACCUUACUGACCAUUGAGGGGAUAGAUCUGGGCAAAUCUUACGAGGACAUAGUCAGCAAUGUGGAUAUAGCAGGUGUUCAGUGCUCACCCAUCCGCAUGGAAUACGUCGAGUCCAAAAAGAUUGUGUGCACGACUGGUACGUACUACGGUCAGGAGGAGAAGAAGACGGACCAGGUUCGGGUGACGGUGGCACUGAAGCUCACCGCUACCUCCAAGGAGGAGUUCACCUACGUGGACCCAGAAAUAACUGACAUCACACCCACCCAGGGACCCAAGUCUGGAGGAACUAGGGUCACCAUUUUUGGGAAGUACCUAAAUGCAGGGACCGUCAGGAAAGCCUGCUUUGGCAAUGAAACAUUUGAGUGCAAGCUCAUUGAGGAAAGCACGUUCAGCUCCCGAGUGACCUGUGUGACGGCCCCCUCAAACAGCGUGUUCACCACCGCCUCGCUCUACAUGGACUUUGACAAACAGAGAGUCAACAGUUACUUCACCUACCGCUACGUGCAGGAUCCCAAUGUCACCGAGGUCAACAGGCGGAUCUCUUUUGUCAGUGGAGGAUUGAAAGUUCUAGUCCAAGGGAAUGGAUUUAUACCUAUCCAGAAUUCCUCGCCCAAAAUGGUCUUUUACAGAAGCAAUCCCAACCAGGCAGUAACAGCUUACUAUGGGGAAUGUUUGGUCCUGAAUGAUGUGACCAUGGAGUGCAGCACCCCCCAGGUAGAGCCGUCCAUGGUCACCAAGCAACCCAACACCCCAGACAAGGCGGGCGUGGCCUUCGGAUUUGUCAUUGACAACGUCCAAAAUAUCCGUAACUUCAGUGCCACUCACGACGUGUUCUUCCAGAUUUGUGCAGAUCCAGAAAUCAGCGUCUUCCCUAACGACAAAAUCAAGUCCUUCCAACGGAAGAGCAAUGAAUAUUUAACUAUCAGUGGAAUAAACCUAGAUCAGCUUCGCCUGGAAAAAGAUGAUGUGGUGAUUAAAAUUGGCAAAAGUGAGUGUAAUAUCACCUCCACAGGGAGACAGCUGACCUGUCGACCCCCAAGGGAACCUCCCUCCCCAAUGAAGAGUGGACGCUACCCGGAAGUGGAGGUGACCAUCGGUAAAAACCUGACGUUCUUUGUGGGCUUCCUGAAGUAUGAGGAGACAGAGCUGGCCCUGCCCUUGGAGUACAUCAUCAUGAUCAGCGUGGGGGGCGGGGUCCUGAUCCUGUCCGUCAUCGUCGUCAUCAUCAUGUACAGGAUGAAGAGCAAGAAGAACAACAGCAUGAUGAGGAAGAUGCAGAUACAGAUGGAUAACUUAGAGUCCAAGGUGGCCAAGGAAUGUAAAGAAGCCUUUGUGGUACUGCAGACAGACAUUGACCAGCUGAUGAACGACUACAUGUCUGGUAACAACGCCAUUCCUUUCUGGGACUACCGCACCUACUGUAUGAGGGUCCUGUUCCCUCAGGAUGGUGACACUAAUCACCCAGUCAUCAAAGACCUGGAGGUGGAUUACGCUAGGCGAGAUAAUGUGGAGAAAGGACUGAAGCUGUUCUCUCAGCUGAUGAGCAACAAGACAUUCCUGUUGAUCUUUGUGCGCACACUGGAGGGACACAAACAGUUCAAGAUGAGGGACCGGGUCAAUGUAGCCUCCCUCGUCUCUGUGGCCCUGCAGACCAAGAUGGAGUAUGCCACCGAUAUUCUGAAAACGUUAUUAGCAGAGCUUAUAGAGAAAUCUGUGGAUGGUAAAAAUCACCCCAAACUACUGCUAAGAAGAACGGAGUCUGUGGCAGAGAAGAUGCUAACAAAUUGGUUUACAUUUCUACUGUACAAGUUCCUAAAGGACUGUGCCGGUGAGCCUCUGUUCCUCCUGUAUCAAGCCAUGAAGAAACAAGUGUCUAAGGGACCAGUAGACUUAGUGACCAGUGAGGCCAGGUUCUCCCUCAGUGAAGAUAAACUUAUCCGACAGCAGCUUGACUACCAACAGAUGGAAAUAUUUGUGACAGACCUGCACGAGUUCUCAUCGCCCAUUCCGGUGCGGGUGUUGGAUUGUGACACCAUAUCUCAAGUGAAGGAAAAGAUCCUGGACGUUCUGUACAAACACGUCCCACACAGCAGUCGCCCCGUCAAAGACGACGUCGACUUAGUUUUGUAUGAUAAAUCUGCUCAUACCGCAGAGUGGGCCAAUGGGAACAAAGGGAGUCGGCUGAUUCUUCAGGACGACGAUUCCACGACUCGAGUGGAGGGGGAGUAUAAACGCCUGAAUACCCUCAGUCACUACAAGGUUCCAAAUGAAGCUUUAAUGUCUCUGGUGGAGAAGCAGCCACCAUCUUAUAACAAUCUGUCGCUGACAAACUCAGAAAAAUCCAAUAGGUUCUAUGUUCCAGAGAAAUUUCAGCCACAUCACACCAGAACUUCCUCUUUUCAACGAACUCUGUCACCACAAGGUGUUCAUAUUGAAGGUUUAGAAAACUAUGGUGUAAAAUAUUACCAUUUAGUAAAACCACAUGACAGUGAUCCGACAGGUGACGGGAAUCGGGGAAGUAAGAUGGUAUCGGAAAUCUACCUCACACGACUGUUGGCCACCAAAGGUACACUACAGCAGUAUGUGGAUGAUCUGUUUGAGAGGAUCUUCAGCACCGCCCACCGCGGCACUGUGCUGCCUCUGGCCAUUAAGUACAUGUUUGACUUCCUGGACGACCAAGCUCUUCUGCACAACAUAAUGGACACGGAAGUCGUCCACACCUGGAAAUCCAACAGUCUUCCUCUGAGGUUUUGGGUGAACGUCAUUAAAAAUCCAAAUUUUGUGUUUGACAUUUAUAAAUCCAACAUUGUGGAUUCGUGUCUUUCUGUGGUUGCUCAAACUUUCAUGGAUAGUUGUUCAAUGAGUGAACAUAGACUUGGAAUUAAUUCUCCAUCAAGUAAACUGCUGUAUGCCAAAGAUAUCCCGAAAUACAAGAAAUGGGUGGAGCGUUAUUACCAAGACAUCAAAAUGAUGCCGGCCAUCAGCGAUCAGGAUAUGACGGCACUGCUGACGGAUGAGUCCAGGCAACAUGCUGAUGAUUUCAACACAACGGCAGCCCUCUAUGAACUGUACAAGUAUAUUCAGCAGUACUACGAGGAUAUCUUGGCAGCCCUCGAAGAGGAUGAGUUUGCCAAGAAGAACCGACUGACUUACAAAUUAGAACAAGUUAGAGCUGCAAUGGAAUCAGAAGUGUACUGUUGAAUCUGACUCUAGAUUUGUUGAGAGUUCAAACACCGAGUUAGACUCGCAGUUGGACCCAUAAACUGCUGAAUUGAAGCGCUUAGACUUGCCAUGACUGCUGGUUGUCAUCUGCUACUUUUACUUUCUCUUUAAAUUCUAACUUAGAAAGCUGUGUGCCAUAUCUAAAUAAAAAAAAAUAAAGAAACUUAAUAUGAUAAAUCUCAACCAUGGGAGAACCUGCUGUUAGUUAAUAUUUUUUUGCUGAUUUAUAUGUAGUUUUUAGGAAAUUUUAUCCAUAUGUAUUUUGAUAAUAUUUUACAAAGCUUUAAAUGUGCACUUCUGUUAAGAUCUGAGUAUAUCCUCAAUCAUUUUAAGCCAAUGUAAACAUCAGAUUUGCCAAUGUGGACUGUCUAUGCAGCUCGUGCUGUUGCUUUUUGCUAUUUUUAGAUGUGUAUAUUUGUGCCAAAGUACAUAUGAAUGGUUGAUCAUUUCAUCUCUCAUCCGGCGUAUAAAAGUGGUUCAUAUAUUUUUUUCGUCAUUUAUAUCAAUGUGUGAUACAAUAUUGCUCAUGUUGUAUAUAUAAAGAACAAUGUUGUUUUUCUUUUUUUUAAAAACCAAAAUGCUCUCCACAGAAGGAAAUAUCCACUGUUGUAUGGUUAUAGUUUCAACAGAUUUAUAUAUAAUGCUCAAAAAGACUUGAGAGUGUGGUUGUCACUGGUUACCUUAUCACUGUGGGGUUAUGACAAGUUGUGAUCACUCAUUGUUAGAACAUGUCCCUUUUAUCUAGUGUUACGCUGUUUAAAGGUUUCCUGAACAGUCAGGCAUUACUUGUUUAUGAUUAUACAUAGCUGGGUUUUGUUUUUUUUUUACUUUUAGUAAUUGUGUUUCAUUUACACAAAGAAGAAAUCAUUUCAUUUCCACCACCUAACUUCAAAAUAUAUCUUUUCUUUUUUUUUUUUUUUUUCAAAUAUUGCAUUUUCCUCCCACCUGAUAUCGAUUUUCUGUAUUGUUUUUGAAAACUUCGAGUUGAAGUACUACUUGUGUUUUAAUUUUGUCUUGAACUAUGUCUGUUGCUGAAAUGUCUAAAUAAUGUUCUUUUUAUUCCAAGCUUUUUUUUUUUGUGUAAAGAUUGUAGAAAUGGCAGCUGGAGUCAAUUUUCGAUGCAUUGCUGUUUUUUAUAUGAUCAAUCUAUGUUCAAACAUGAAUUGUAGUCCUGAUAAUAGUCAUUUUCAUAGAUUGUAGAUAUUAUUUAAUAGAUUCAUUACUUUUUACCCCUAUUGGACGAAAAAUUAUAUAUAUAUAUAUUAUAUAUAUUUAAAAUUUUAAAGAAUUUAUGAAAUAUUUAAGAUGCGUACACAUUAUUUUAAAAAAGAGGUUUAAAAUCAUGAAGUGGGUGUGAAGAAGUUUCAUCCAUUAUAUAUGUACAUAUAUUUGAAUGUGUGUUGAUUGUGUCAUUUUUAAUUAACACUGUAGGCCUUAAUUUGAUUUUGAUUUAACAAGAGUUUUAAACAUGUGAAUAUUUCAUGCAUGCCUUGAUUUUUCUUUUUUAAGGAAAAACAUAAAGCUUACAUUUGUCACAAUAUUGAUGAUCUAGUAUUAAGUGGAGAGAGUCUUGAAGUGUGAGGAGAUGAGAGAAGGGACCAGGGCUGUGUAGCUAACCCGCCCCCACCGUGUGGUCACUUCAUUGUGAGUGUGUAUUUGUGUGCGAUAGGCUGACAGGCAGUGCAGUGUAGACGUAGAGAGAGGGAUCGUUUGUUCAUGGUGCUGAGCACUGUAGGUUGUUCUGUCCUAGAUUUUUACCUUUUUACUAGUGCAUGUAGUUCUACAUAAUAUAUAUUAAACAACAUUCUGGAUAUAAAAGCUGAACAUGUG